AUGCAACAAGGUACUAUUACCAGCUAUAUCACUAACACCGUUUUUGUUACCCAAUGGUAUAGUUUAGCCUCUUCCCAGACGACAAGUACCAACAACAACGUUGCUGCCGCUGUCAUUACCUCAUCCUUUGCUUCAAACACUGCUUCAACCACCAAUAAUGAUGUGUCUGACACUUAUACUACCUCCACUUUCACUUCAACUUUGAAAGUUACUGUCACCGCUGAUGCUUCUGAAUUAGCCAUGUUGAACAGAGAAAAGAACGGUAAUUUAUACAACCCAACUAGCAGUUAUCUCUACGCCAACUCAUCAUCAAUUGCUGGCUGUGCUCCUGUUACCCAAUACGUCACUGUCACAGCUGAACCAACUACCAUGUUUGUCACCUUGACUGCUGACCCAGUUACUGAAUAUGUCACUUUAACUGCCAAUGCCACCGUUAACGGCACCAGUUUAUUAUAG